AUGGCGGCAAAAGCGACACGGAACGAGGGAAAGUUAUGUGGCUUGUGUAAUACAUUAAUUAAUGAAUACCAAUACCGUGCUCAUGUUGCAAAAUGUGGAGUGUCAAGUGAUGAUGACAAUGAAAAGAAAGCUGGAACAGUAUUAAAAGUUUGCGGUUUAUGUGAAAGACAAGUCAAAGAUUUGGCUGAUCACUAUCGAACAUGUACAGGUGUAAAGACUAAGACAAACGGGAAUCAUGAAUAUCAACAAAAAUCAAGAAAUGCGCCAAUUUAUGAACAACCAUCCGUCAGUGUUUCAAAUGCAUCAAAAACUAAAGAAUGUAUUAUAUGUUCGGAAAUGAUUGCCGAGAAUGUCUACGCAAAUCAUGUAGAUAGAUGUAUAUCAAACUCAUCGAUGAGAUCAAAACAAUUGACAAGAACCAAAGAAUGUGCUAUAUGCUCGAAAAUGAUCCCCGAAGAUGACUACGCUCAUCAUGUCGAUAAAUGUUCGGCACAAUCAUCAAUGAAACAAACGAAACAAAAGACUACUCAGGAAUGCAUUAUUUGCUUUAAAGAAAUCGCCGAAUCUGACUAUGCUGCUCAUGUUGAUGCAUGCAUCUCUAGAUCAUCUUCUAGUACAAAACCAAAAUCUAUAUCUAGAAAAAGUGAAGUUUCAUGUUUUACAUGUUCAUCGCCAGUAUCUUCAUCGAAAACUUCAAGCCAUACAGUUCCAUGUCGACCACAUCAUAUCUAUUGUUUAAAAUGUCUACAAAAUUCAAUGAAUGAAUAUAUUCGAUCCAACACGGCUCCUGUCUGUCAUUCAACUCUUUGUGAUUAUGAAUUGUCUCGCUACGAUGUGGUAUGCUUACCACUCGAAGCAGAUUCUAUUAAACGGUUGCUCAAUUGCGUCAAAACUACACGACGACCUCAAUGCCCUAUAUGCUCAUUCUACAUCGAUUUUAAUACUAUGGAUGCUUUUCAGAAACAUGUAGCUUCAUGCAAUUCAGAAAAUUUCAUUCCUUGCGAAUAUUGUCUUUGUCCAUACAAUGUUCACCGUUUGGAUGAUCACUCAAAGCAAUGUCGGAGUGCUCCUCGUUCUCAACAGCUACAAGCAUUAAUUGAUUUCAUCUUACCUCGAACUAAAUAUCUAGCAACAGCACAACAGAUUCGUGUUUUUAUUGCACAUAAAAAGAAGGCUCAUUCCGCAAUUGAACCACAUGCAAUAAUUGAUGCACUAGCUGAGUUAGAUGGUGCCUUUCCCUUUGACAUUCCAACUUUUGACUGUGGUAUUUGUAUGGAAACGUGUAUCUAUGAUGAUAUUUUUGUUUUCGGUUGCGAAGGAAAUCAUAAACUAUGCUAUGUAUGUUUUGAGAAUUCAUGUGCAUCAAAGAUGAAUAAUAAUGAAACUUUGACAUGUGGAAUGUGUAAUUAUCAGCUACAAGAAGGAGAAAUAAAACAAUUGCGAGUACCAGCUGAUCGAAAAAGACAAUAUCUAGAUUAUCAGAUUCAGAAAACGUUCAGUGCAUAUAUUGGUGGCUCUCAAGGUAUAAUACGAUGUCCAAAUGGGAACUGUAAAUGGGUAGCCGAGGCAAGCAAUCCUAAUGACCGUUUUCAAGUAAAAUGCCCUAUGUGUAGCUAUGAGUUUUGUUCACUUUGUAAUCGGCAAUACCAUUUUCGAACGACAUGUCAACAAAUUCCAGAAAUUACACAACGUUGGUUCUUUUGGUGUGAUACAGAACGUGGUAGAUAUUGGCAAGCUCGAGCACAACAAGACGCUCAGUUUAGGGCACAAUUAGAUGAUUACGAACGUCAAAAGGCUGCAAAUAUCCAACGAAAUCAAGAACUAGCUCAACGUUACAAUGAACUGUUAGCCGAUGAACAGUAUAAAUCUGCAAAUUGUCGUCUCUGUCCACAUUGUCAACGAGUUGUACAGCAUUUAGGUGGAUGCGAUCUAAUGGUGUGUGGUCGAAAUUAUCAUGGUGGUGAUGAACAAUCUGGUUGUGGUAAAGGUUUUAACUUCUCAAAAGCCCUUCCUUACACACCUAUGGCCAAUGCAGCUCCACAGCACGUCAACAAUCACGUACAUGAACCUGAACAACAAAAACUUGUAGUUCAUCAGGGUGCUCAAUGUGAUACUUGUCACAAUCAAGUUCAAGGUAUUCGAUUCGACUGUGUUCAUUGUGCUUCAUUAAUAUUCUGCGAGAAGUGUGAGCAACGUUCUACUCUGGAACAUUCAAAUGAGAUUCGUGAUCAAAAGAAGCAACAACAUGUUUUUCAAUUGAUUACACAACCGUUAAACCAAAACGAUUCAUAA